AUGCCCCUCAGUCUACAAACUUCCCAGAACAAGUCUUUCAAGCUCAGCCAGCACAAUGUGGUGCAUCAGUACAAGCUCUGGAUGCCUACUGGCAACAGCAUCACCUUGCCAGCUGGCUUGGUAGGUGACAUUGGUGAUAUUGCCCUUCCUUUUGGCCCUGGUGCUUGGGUGAAGACUGCCCUGAGGGUCUGGACCUUCUAUGGUCAGCUGAAGGGGAAGAAUGCAGUAGCCCUGCAUCCUUUCAGCAGGACCAAAGAUUGCUUCGAUACUCUGGCAAUCAUUGAUGAUGAUGGGUCCAGGCACUGGCAGACUCAUUCUUCUGCGCACACACAGAAGAAUAAGCUCAAGUCAGUGGUGUCAUCUGCUCCAGAGUCAGAGAAUCCACCAUCAGAAGAGGAAAAUGCAGUGUUGGCUGCAUCACCUGCGGUGGAGGCAGAGGACAAGGAGGAGGAGGAGAAGGAGGAGGAGCAGGAAGAAUAUGAGGAUCAGGAAGAGGAGGAGAGGCAAGAAGUCAGACAAAAGGAGAUGUCCAUAUUGUACAUUUCUGAUGAUGAAUCAGGCAAAGAGCAUGCUGUGGCCCCACAGCAAGUUGUAGAGGAUCCUAAGGGGAAGAAACACUGUGCUCAUGGCUUGUCCAAUCUAGACGAGCUUGAAACAAGCCCUGUGCAGAAGACUCCUGCCAAGUGCCAGGGCCGGAGGAUCCUCACUGAGCUUAUGGGACUUCAAUAUCAUAUCAAGAAGUAUCCUACUUGCAAGGUUGACAAUUUUCUGGGCACCCCAGGCAAGGUUAUCUGCCCCACCCUUGGUUUGGUGAUCCAAGAUCUCUUGGUACAUCAAGGUGAUCUCCAGGUUAACCACCUUCAAACAGGCAGCACGCAGUGCAUGUCACCAGCUGAAAUCAUCACCAGCUUGCUCAUGCAUACUGCCACCCAAGACCAAUCUGAUCAGAUUGUGGGCAACUUCCCAAAAGUGGGAUUCGGCAACUUGCCCGGAGUGUCACCUCUCAGCAUCACCUCCCUCAAACUUUGCCUCCCCUUGGACUAUAUGUGUGAAUGGUACAAAGUGAAGCCUACCAAAGGAGAAGAGGUCAAUACCUUUUCCACCCUGAUUCCUGGUGGUGGAGUGAGCAACUGGCAUAUGGAUGGAUCUGGUGUGAUCAUGGCCAUCCUCCAUGUGUCCAACCUGGUGGAGAAGGGCCCAAAGAAGCUAUGGCUCAUGGCUCCCCAGACUGAGAGAAACAAUGCCAUCUUGGCUAAGUUUCUUUAUGCUGGUAGGGAACACAUGCUGUCUGCAGCAGUGAUACCCUUCCUGGAGAAUAUCCAGCAUGUUCUGGUGAUGCCCAGAACAUUAGAACAUACUGCAUUCUUCUUGGCUCCAGGAAUGUGGCACUGCAUGCUGACCCUUGAUAUCUUGGCACAUGUGGCAUUCCACAUCUAUGAUGUCAGAUUAUGGCUGCAGGUUCAGAAGGUGAUGGAGUCCGAUAUCAAGAGAGUGUCCGGACUUGUAGGUGCAGCUGAGCAAGCUGAACAGGUGGAGAUGAUGAUAGAGGAGUUGGAUGUGUGGAAAGAGGUGGGAGCACCCCAAAGGUGGGCCAAAGAAGCAAGGGCAGGUCUUUCUUUGUGGCUGGCCACACUGAAGGAGACUUGA